GGUACUUUACAUAUCAAUGAUAGCUCAUUUCCUUUCUUCUACUACGUGGGACUUCAUGUGUCCACAUGUUUUCACGGGAUCGUGACGUUUGUUUUGUGUGUGACUUUAAUUUGUGGUAUUCGUGUGAGGACAGAGUUGUCUUCGAUGAUGAGUAGGAUAUUGUCAUAACUUCUAAAAAAGUUCACACUCUCUCUGUCGGCGGGGCCAGUUCAGCCCCGUCCUCCAAUGGGAGGCGGCCCUCUCCUGCCUGGCCCCGCCCACGAGGCAAGCCAGACGGAGAGGAGACCGGGCAGGGCAGAGUUUAGGCAGGGAAAGUAGAGCGCCUCUUAAGUUUUUGCGUUCUUCUUUUCCUUAAAUUAUUUAGGCCAUCAUGAUUACAUCUAAACUUCCAAUCGCGUUAUUUUUAAAACGGAGAUGUACACUUAUCACACGACUGAGUCGGUGAACGCGAUCAUGGAUGUAUUUCGGUGAAAGAAGAACUUUAAACUCUCGUGUUCCCCGUCCGGGGACCGCAGCACAAUGGAAUCCAGACCGAGGAAGCGCUGCGGAGGAUGGCCAGCGCUGGGGCUUUGGUUUUCCGUGGCCUGCCUCUCAUGUGCGUCCGCUCAGCUCAGCUAUACCGUUUCGGAAGAGCUAAGCCUGGGCUCCGUGGUCGGGAAUAUAGCGAAAGAACUGGGUCUCACAGCACAAGGAAUACCUCUGAGGGAAUUAACGAUUUCGGGAUCCACGGCUGAGUAUUUCAGGAUAAACCAGGCGACAGGCGAGAUAGUCAUUAACAAAAAAAUCGAUAGGGAACAAAUAUGUGAAUUAAUUUUACCGUGUUCAUUACAACUUCAACUUCUUCUCAAGAACCCGUUGGAAAUAUUUCGCAUUGACGUGGAGAUUUUGGAUGUGAAUGACAAUGCUCCGCAGUUUUCUACCAAGAACAUCUCUCUGGAGAUCUCAGAAGCGGCUGCGCCUCUCACGAGGUUCCGCCUUGAGAGCGCACACGACCCCGACGUGGGAACCAACUCUUUACGCACUUAUAUCCUCGCACCAAAUGACUGCUUUAUUUUGAAUGUUGAGACAAAAAGCGACGGCAGUAAGUUCCCUGAGCUGGUCGUAGAAAAACCUCUCGACAGAGAGAAGCAGGCCUCUUUUCGCCUGUUGCUCACAGCGGUAGAUGGGGGGCAGCCCGAGAGAUCGGGCUCAACACUAUUACUCAUUAAGAUUCUAGACGUGAAUGACAAUGCGCCCGUCUUUGAGGACGCCGUCAAGAAGGUCAGCCUGCUAGAGAAUGUAGCACCGGGCACUUUAGUAAGCAAAUUGAACGCAACAGACGCAGAUUCAGGCCAGAACGGAGAAAUAUCUUUCUUGUUUAGUAGGUAUACGCCAGAGCGCACGGCCAAGUUGUUUAGCGUGGACUCAAAAAGCGGCGAAAUUCGUGUUAACGGCGAUGUCGACUACGAGGUGUCCAGCGUGUAUCACAUCACAGUGCAGGCGAGGGAUGCUGGCUCACCUGCCAUGGAGGGGUCAUGUAACGUCAUAGUGGAAAUAAUCGACGUGAACGACAAUACACCGGAAGUGACGCUGUCAUCACUGACCAGUCCUAUUAGAGAGGACUCUAAACCUCAAACUGUGAUAGCCCUUAUCAGCGCCCAUGACCCGGACUCUGGUAAGAAUGGAGAAGUCACUUUAAACGUUCAGCCCGGGCUUCCGUUCAAGCUCAACGCCGCCUUUGGCGGGCACUACAGCCUCACCACCGACGGGAUCCUGGACCGGGAGAGCGUCUCGGAGUACACCGUGGUCAUCGUCGCCACAGACCAGGGCUCCCCGCCUCUGUCGUCCAGGACCACCUUCCUGGUGGAGCUCUCCGACGUCAACGACAACGCGCCCGUCUUCUCCCAGCCGUCCUACUCGGUGGACGUCCCGGAGAACAACGCCCUCAACGCCCCCAUCGCCGAGGUCUCGGCCACGGACCCCGACCUGGGGGACAACGCGCGGGUCUCCUACUCCAUCCUGCCCAGCGAGUUCCAGGGCCUGCCCACGUCCUCCUACGUCUACAUCAACCCCGACACGGGCCAGAUCUUCAGCAUGCGCUCGCUGGACUACGAGCUGCUCAACGCCUUCCGGGUGGAGGUGCAGGCCCGGGACAUGGGGGCGCCGGCCCGCGCGGCCAACGUCACCGUGCACGUGUUCGUGGUGGACGUCAACGACCACGCGCCAGUGCUGCUCCACCCGGCCCACCCAAAGGACACGGGGCUGCAGCUGGCCGUGCCCCAGUCCGCCAGCCCGGGCCACCUCAUCAACAAGCUGGUGGCGGUGGACCAGGACAGCGGGCACAACGCCUGGCUGUUCUACGCCAUCGCCCCCGGGCCCAACGCCGGCCUGUUCCGCCUCGGCAGCCGCACGGGCGAGCUCCGCACGGCCCGCAAGCUGGCCGAGGAGGAGAAGGGCCUGUCCUACGACAUCGUGGUGAUCAUCCAGGACAACGGCGAGCCCGCGCUGUCCACCAGCGUGGCCGUCUCGGUGACCGUGGAGGAGACGGACGCCGCCGCCGCCCCCGUGCCGCCCGGCCCGCGCCUCACGCCCUUCUCCCGGCGCACGGGGAUGUCGGACAUCACCCUGUACCUCAUCAUCUCGCUGGCGUGCGUCUCGGGCGUGGCCUGCAUCACCUUCGUGGCGCUGAUGAUCCGCUGCCUGCGGCGCCGGCGCCCCGGGCUGGGCGAUUCCGACUGCUGCUGCUGCCUGGAGCGCCACCGGCCCGGCCGCUACCACCAGAGGCCCGGCAAGGACCUGCACCUGCAGCUCAACUCGGACGGGCCCAUACGCUACAUGGAGGUGGUGGGCGGUCCCAACCAGGACCCCAACACGCGCACCUACAGGCCCUGCUACCCCCCCACCCUGUCCCGCCCCAGUGACUUUGUGUUCGUCAAAACCCCCGUGAUGAGUCACAACAACACGCUGAACAUGACGCUCAGCCGGAAGCACCUUAUGAACUCAGCCGCCGAGCAAAAGCCUCCCAACAACGACUGGCGCUUCACCCAGGGUCCGAGACCUGGACCUAGCGGUCCUCAAAUGCCAUACGCCACACACAUACGAUGGACAACGAAGGAUGGCACAAGGGCUGCUGGAGGACCCGAGGUUGCCAUGGGAACCGGCCCCUGGCCCCAGCCUCCUACCGAGGCCGAACAGCUCCAGGCCCUGAUGGCGGCCGCCAACGAAGUGAGUGAGGCCACUGGCACCCUGGGACCCGGCACCAUGGGACUGAGCACGCGCUACAGCCCCCAGUUCACCCUGCAGCACGUCCCCGACUACCGGCAGAACGUCUACAUCCCGGGCAGCACCGCCACCCUGACCUCCAACCCCCAGCAGCAGCUGAUGCAGCAGCAGCAGCAGCAGCAGCAACAGCAGCAGCAGCAGCAACAGCAGCAGCAGCAGCAGCAGCAGCAGCAGCAGCAGCAGCAGCAGCAGCAGCAGCAGCAGGCGGCUGCCCAGCAAGCCCCACAGCAGGCCCUGCCCCCAUCCCAGGCCUCUGCCCAGGUGGAGCCCCCCAAGGCUGCCCAGACCCCCGCCUCCAAGAAGAAGUCCACCAAGAAGGAGAAGAAGUAGGAAGAUGGAUGGAGGACGAGGGGAAGGCGGCUGGAGGAGGCGAUGCAGUCCCCAGCCUCCUCGACCACUGAUGAUGUUAAAAAAUAAAGAAAAAGGAACAAAAAAAAAACCUUCCCUCACUGCCCCCGCAACCCACCCCUACUCCCCCUCCCAGCCAGGGCAGCUGAUUGCUCUGCUGCCCCCGCCCUCACCCAAACCCGCCCGCUCUCACCCACCAACCGAUUUACAAAUCACGCGGACACCGUUGGGUGGGUUCUUUGUAAAGUGUCUCUGGAAGAGCCUUGAGGAAGUUGAAUGUGCUUGAAGGCUGUCGUAUAUAUUUACUUGUCGGAGAACGGUGUCCCUUUGGCAGCGCUUUCUCCUCGUAUUGCUCGUGUAAUCAUUGAUGGUAAACAAGUCUAUUCUUUUGUGGGGGGGAAGGGGGGAGGGGGUUGUGGGUGUGACAGGUUGCUGUAUUUGAUGUCCAAUUCAAAAGAGCUUGGGGUUCGCUUCCUACGAACAGGCCGGCUGUGAGGAGCCUCACAGCGCCGUCCAGGCUGUACCCAGUGGUGUAUUCAGAGAUGAAGAUUUGUGGCGUGUUUUCAAGUAGGAUUUGUUCCACUCUUUCCCUAGAUGGAAAACAGCCAUCUAUUGUAAAGUACGCUAGAUUGCCACUUGAUUACUCCUACGUAGGCUCUACUAUGUAGGAUUAGGGGGGGACAAAAAUCACAAACACGCAACUCCUAUACUUGCUAUUGUUUGAACAGGUAUUAAUCGCUCUGCUGCAUGCUGUUUUUAGGUUCAAACCACGUGUAUUUUAAAUGGUUGCAAAACUAUGCAUCGCAAAAGCAAGGAGGACGUCUUUAGUCUUAUGUCCCUCCGUCCAAAAAUGCAGGUCAACACGAUGCACACGUAGCAUUUACUUGACAAUAAAUACAGGGGGGGGCGGGGACACACUUUUGUAAGCAUAGUGAAAAAAUAAAAUGAGACUUUGAUCUCAGGCGAUUUCUAUGACUAUCCGAGCAUGUUCCCUUAGGAAGGUUCUGUCAGAGGGCUCUGUGGGCAGGACCUUGGGUCGUUCCUCAGAGCUACCGGAGGAACACUAGCAUUAGCCUACGCUAACAAACAAACCCUCCGUCCCUCAACCUUCCAGACCCGCUUGUAGGCCCCCCCCCUCCCCCACCUCUUGUGGCGGCCACAGUCUUAGAGCCAAACGAUAAGAAACGCACUGUUAGUAUGAUAAACCAUGAGAUGACAUAGGGGUAGUAAUCACUUCAGUCUUUAGGGGAUAAACAACAUGUAGACGUGUUCAGAUGAAGAAAAAAAAAACGACGUUCGUGCUUAGGAGUUUCUAGAACUCUUGCAGGCUGCUAGGGCCUCUACUGAGUACCCCUCUCCCCCCCCUCCCCCCCAACACCCACACGCCUCCCCCACGACUUCCCCUCGACCCUGAAGUGCUGGUAGUAUCUCCUGACACGAGACGACUCUCCUUCGUUUUUCUUUUUAAAAAGAUAAGCUUGAUAGCGUAGAGGUUGUCGUUUAUACCAGAAGACAUGAAGUGGUUCUUUCUCGCCAUAUUGUCUGUCCGCCAAGAGACCACGGCUGGACGCCACUGCAUGACUAGAUGAAGGUGUCGUGGAGAGGGUUGAGCUGUCAGGGGGGAACGCUUUGGGGUAGCAGGAUAAGGGUGAGACUAAGGAGUGAGACUCAAACCUGGUUCUCGCGUGCUGAAAGUAGUACCCCGGUUCAGCCGCUGACCUCCCGCUUGGCUACCUUUAAUGCGCUGAGCCACAUGGAGCUCAGCACAUCGGCCCAUGUUGGAGAGGAGGGUAAACCACUUGAGGAUCAAGCAGCGAGGGGUGGUUCAGUCCUCCUUGGUAAUCCACCCUUACAUCCACAUUGUAAUGCCAAGCUCAGGCGCUCUACCACUUAGUCCAACCCUCUGGUUCUGUGGAGGCUCUUCCCCUCUGUAAAUAAACACACGUCCUGUCGAUGGUAUGAGCCAGUUGUAUAGUAGGGACCACGUCCAGCGUUUUCAAAAUAAGAGUCCCCCCCCAUCCACAAGACGUGGCUUACUACUGGAAUGUGUUGCAUUUUUUUUUUCACAGUAAAAAAAAUAAGUUGAAAACCACAGUAUAAAAAGAAAAAGAUAAAAAGAAUAAAAAUCUGAGAUGUUCUUAAACAGUUUGUGUUGCAAUGUAGUAACUAAGCACCAUGGAAGCCAACUAACUUUUCAGUGUAAAUAAAUGAAUUAAAAUGACGAUAACUUUAGAUGAUAAGUAUACAAAGUGACACGCGUAGACUAGUUAACUCUUGAUAUGUGUUGCGCAUAUUUUUGUGUUCAUUUUCUCUCUAUUAUCUAUUUUAUCACCCUGUAAAGAAAAGAAACCACAAAAAAAUAUAUUGGAAAUGUUUCUAUCCUUCUGUAACCUCUUUAUGUUCUUUUGCUGUGAUUUUAUCUUGUGCAUUUGUGAAAGAAUGCCUCUUUCUGUCCAUAUGAACAAACAACUAUAAAUAUUAUGUGUAAGUCUGUCCGCUGCGGAAUUAAUCCUACUCUAUCCUGCUGUAUUAUCUUUCUUAUAAAUGCUUAGCCCCCACGCUAUACCCCUGUGUUAUUCUCUUAUUUUGAUGCUAAUAUUUAUAUUGCUGUUUUAUUUUCUCUUGAACACUGACAUUUCAAAUAAAAGAUUCAUUUUAAAAGCUAUGUUAAGCCUCUUGAACUCAUUUUAUCUUU